UUGAGUCUCUAUAUAUAUGGGACAAUAUUCCACACUCAAAGGCCAAACCAUCCACAUCUAUAACCCUAUCAUUCGUGCAUGAACAAACACUUUCUCGUUUUCGAUAUGGCCAUGUUUCUUCUCUUUGCAGCCAUAUUAGCGUCAUUCCUCUGCUCCCUAUACUUCUUCCAUCGCAGAACACGAUGCAUAAACCCCCUCUUGAGAGAUUACUUCAUCCUCGGUAUGCUACCGCCGGUGCUCUUCAACCUCUGGAGGAUCCAUGAUUUUAUCACUGAGAUUCUGAAACUUCGUGGUGGCACUGGGGAGUUCAAAGGGCCAUGGUUCACCAAAAUGAACUAUUUGAUCACUUGUGACUCCCUCAACGUGCAACACAUGCUGUGCAAGACCAAGAAUCUGUUUGGGGAAAGACUUGGCCUUUGUUCAAAUGAAGAUGGUGGCUGCUGCUAUUCUGAGGAAGUACUGUUUCAAAGUGUUGGAAGGUCAUGUUCCAACUCCAACACAUUCCAUUGUUCUUCUCAUGAAGAACGAAUUGCUCAUAAAACAUGGAGGCUCUGGGUACUUCAAAGGACCGUGGUUCACCGAAAUGAACUAUUUUGUCACUUGUGCUCCCUCAACGUCCAACACACGUUGUGCAAGAACUUCGACAACUAUGUCAAGGGACAUGACUUUCGUGACAUUUUCGAACCAUUUGGAGAUGGGUUUGUCACUGCCGAUUAUGAGACAUGGAAGUACAUCAGAACCCUUCUCCAUUCUCUGAUGAAACAACCAAGACUCAAAGCUUUUGUUGAUCAAACCGUUCAGAAGAAGAUACUUACAAGCCUGCUUCCAAUAUUGGAUCAUGCACAACAACUAGGGAGGGUGGUGGAUCUUCAAGAUGUCCUCUUGCGAUUCACUUUUGAUAACAUAUUCUUAACAACCGUGGGACACGAUCCUAAGUGUCUUUCUAUUGACUUCCCCGUAGUUGCAGUUGGGAAGGCUUUUAGAGUGUCUGAAAAGUCUAUAUUUUAUAGACACACGGUGCCAAAGACUGUAUGGAAAUUCCAAAGGUGGCUUCAAAUUGGUCAGGAGAAGAAGAUGACAGAAGCAUGUAGAACAAUUGAUGAGUUCAUAUAUUCAUUCAUAGAGUCCAAGCGAGAAGAGUUAGGCAAGUGCACAGAAGACGAAAUGAAUGAAGCUCCAUCUGACUUGCUAACUGCUUUGAUGACAGAACAUGGAGGACGAGAGCAUGAUGAUAAGUUCGUAAGGGAUUUUGCAUUUAACUUUCUUGUAGCGGGAAGGGGAUCCAUGGCUUCGGCUCUUACCUGGUUCUUUUGGCUUCUUAUCAAACACCCUAUAGUUGAAGCCAAGAUUCUUGAAGAGAUCAGAGAUAAUUUUAAGGCAAAUGAAAAGAAAAAUGAUGACUGUGGUCAUGGUUUUGAUGAGGAGUAUCAUAAUCUUCAUGAUCAGGAACAGUAUCUGAAGGUAUCUGGGAAAGUUUUAGGCAUGGAAGAGGUGAAAAAGCUGGUUUAUCUGCAUGCUGCAUUGUGUGAAUCUCUGAGACUUUUCCCUCCAUUACCUAUUCAACGGAAGCAAGCAGUUAAAGCUGACACUCUUCCAAGUGGGCAUAGAGUAAAUGCCAAUACAAUGAUUAUGCUUUCUUUUUAUGCAAUGGGAAGGUGUGAAGAGAUAUGGGGAAAAGAUUGUUUGGAGUUCAAGCCAGAGAGAUGGAUAUCUGAGAAAGGAGAAAUUGUUAAUGUAGCAUCAUACAAAUUCAUUGCUUUUAAUGCAGGACCAAGAACUUGUUUGGGAAAGGAGUCGUCUUUGCUUCAAAUGAAGAUGCUGACAGCUGCUAUGUUCUGGAAAUAUCGUUUUCAAGUGGUGGAAGGUCAUGUUGUCAGUCCAAGCCGUUCAUUUGGGCUUUCCAUGAAGAACGGGUUGAAGGUUAGGAUAAUGAAAAGAGAACUUUGUCAAUCCUAUAAUAGCAGGAAAUCUAAACAAAGAAAAAAGAAAGGUGACAAAAACAUUUAUAAGGUGGCUGCUGCUAUUUUAAGGAAGUACUGUUUCAAAGUGGUGGAAGGUCAUGUUGCAACUCCAACACAUUCCAUUGUUCUUCUGAUGAAGAACGGUUUGAAGGCUAGGAUAAUGAAAAGAGAUGUUUGAUUCAACAAAAUCUCCGAUGAACUUGUCGGGUUGUUUAUUUUCUAUUUUUAAUGUAAGUCAGACAAAUCAGUGACAUUUGAUGGUAGAAGUAUGUUACAGAAUGAAAGUGUGCUUAUUUUUUGAUACAAUGUAAGGAUGUUUGAUUAUGUACUCAAUAAUUUUACAGUUAAAUGUAUUUACUAUGGGGUGAGAAAAUAUGUAGAUAAAGUAUAAAGUUGAGAAAUGAAGUUUGUGGGGGGUGUGCUAGCUGUAGCACAUGGGAUAUUGUUCAAAGAACACAGUGUGUAUGAUGGUAAUGUAACCUUAUGUUAUGUGUUGGUGAGGAAUUAAAGUUAUUUUUGGACAUCCAUAACAUAUUUAACUAAUGAUAGAACAGA